CUGUGUCACAGCGGUGUAACUUGCAAGCGUAUAUUAAACCAAAACAUCUGAGCUCUUUAGAAUUUUUUUUGUAUAUUAACUUUAGCGAUUUUGAACUCACUGUCUGCAUAUUUACUUGUUACUCCAUUUCAUUUAAUAUUUACGUUGUUAGUUAGUACUGGUUAAGCCUUGAACUAGGCUAUUCGCUAAUGCUAACGUUAGCUACAUCCCCGAACAUGACGAGCUACUCCUCCCCUGCUAAUGAAGAUGUCUGCUGGAUGGAGAAAGAAGCUUUGGGUCUGAACAUUGUCGUGAAAGAAGAAGAGAACAAUAUUACAACGAAAGGAGAGGAAGGGGUAAUUACUAUCACAGUGAAAGAAGAGGAAAAAGUGGCUUUCGGGAUAAAAGAGGAGGAAGACUAUGUUACAGUGAAAGGAGAGGAUGUAGUUUUUGGAGUGAAAGAGGUGGAGGAUGUUGUAGUGAAAGAAGAUGAUGCCGUUUUUGGAGUGAAAGAGGAGGAGAUAACCGUCACAGUGAUAGGAGUGGAAGAAGCUUUCAGGGUGAAAGAGGAGGAGGAUGUUUCUGUGAAGGAAGAAGAGGACGUUUUUGGAAUGAAAGGGGAGAUUGAGGGAUUAAAGGAAGAGGGGAAGACUGUCACAGUUAAAGAAGAGGAUGAAGAAAAAGAGGAGACUAAAUAUCUGAUUAACACCAGACAGAGACCAGACUCUUGCUCUGACAGCGGGAAGAAUCCUUCAGGGGAAACAGAACAAGAGAAGCCCAAACCAGCAAGACCACAUCACUGCUCCCACUGCGGAAAGGGUUUUAGGUGGUUAGGGAAGCUGAAAGACCACGAAAGAAUCCACACUGGAGAGAAGCCUUACCAUUGCUCUCAGUGUGAAAAAAGUUUUAUCCGGUUAUGGGACAGGAAUAUGCAUGAGAGGACACACACAGGAGAGAAGCCUUACCAAUGCUCAAAAUGUGUAAAACGUUUUGCUCAGUUGAGGGGCCUGAAAAUGCAUGAAAGGAUACAUACAGGGGAGAAGCCUUAUCACUGCUCUCAGUGCGAAAAUAGAUUUUUUUCAUCAGCGGGCCUGAAAAAACAUGAGUGGACACACACAGGAACAAAACCUUACCUCUGCUCCCAGUGUGGAAAAGAUUUUAUCCACGCAGGUCAACUGAAAGAUCAUGAGAAAAUACACACAGGAGAAAAGCUGUACCACUGCUCUCAAUGUGGAAAGAGAUUCAUCAAUGUAUGGAACCUGAAAAAGCACGCAAUCAUACAUACAGGAGAGAAGCCCUACCACUGCUCCCAGUGUGAAAAGAGUUAUACCCAAUCAGGGGACCUUAAAUCACAUGAGAGGACACACACAGGAGAAAGGCCAUACCACUGUUCUCAGUGUGGUAAGAGCUUUACCCGGUUAAGGCAACUCAAAGAACACAAGAAUAAACACACAGGGGAGAAGCCACACCACUGUGUUCAAUGUGGAAAGACUUUUACCCGAUUAGGGCAACUGAAAGAACAUAAAAUGAUACAUACAGGAGACAAGCCUUUCCAAUGCUCCCAGUGUGGAAAAAGUUUCAUCCAGUUAAAGACCCUGAAAAAUCAUGAGAGAACACACACCGGAGAGAAGCCUUACCACUGCUCCCAAUGUGGAAAGAGUUUUACUAAAUUAGGGAACCUGAAAGUACAUAAGAGAAUACACACAGGAGAGAAGCCAUUCCAAUGCUCUCAGUGUGGAAAGAGUUUCAUCCAGUUAGGGGACCUGAAAAGGCAUAAAAUAAUACACAAAAGAUAAUGCUUACCUCUUCUCCGAGUGUUGAAAUUGAUAUUUCACAUCACACAGACUUAAAGUGAAUCUAAGAACAGAUCCAGGGGGAGCACGUGAUGCCGCGGAGCUGAGCAGACGUUGACAAACCGAGCUCUUCAAAGUUAUUCUAUUUUUACAUAAAUAACAACAUUGAAACAAUAUUCUAACAUUGGCUGAUAAAUUGUCAAGUACCUUCCCAAAGAGCCAUGGACCUCCGACCGAGAGGCAAGAAGGACAACCAAAACGUUGUUGAUUCCCAAGAUAACGAUAACGCUACAGCUAGCAAGAUUAGCAUUAGCCCUCAUAGCUCAGACGACAGUUCCAGACUGUUGCUCUCAGCAGCCUCUUGCGAGCCUGCCGACAUGCUGGCUACUCUCCUCCGGGAAAUGCAGGAUGGUAACAAAGGUCUUUCUAUGAAAAUUGAUAAGAAAUAGGCUGAACACCAUUCUUCCAUUGACAACCUGAAAUCCUCCAUGAAUGAUCUCCUUUUGAGAACGACUGAGGCAGAGUUGCGCAUUAGCACAGUUGAAGAUACCAUCGUUCGACAUGACCAGGUCUUGAUACAACUGCAAAAGGACAAUGCCUACCUCAAAAACAAGGUAGAUCAGAUGGAGAACCAGAGUAGACGUAGUAAUAUCCGUGUGGUGGGAUUGAAAGAGGACAGCGAGGGCCGUGACCCGGUCCGUUUCUUCACUCAAGGGAUCCCGGAGGUCCUAGGCAUAAUCAACUUCACCAAGCCUCUGGAAAUCGAACGCGCCAACAGAACAUCAGCGCCGAAACCCCGGCCAGAUGAGCCCCCACGAGCCGUCCUGAUCAGGUUGCUCCGUUUCCAAGACCGAGAGUAGAUACUGCAACUCGAAAGAGCCAAAGGGUACAUCACCAUCGAUGGAAAGAGGGUCAGCCUUUUCCCGGAAAUGAGCGCGGACCUCGCCAGACGUCGCAAGCAGUUCAGACCUGCCGCCAAAGCACUGAAGGAGAAGAGGGGGAUAAAAUGCAGUCUGUUUGUUUUCUCUUAUCCAGACUGAACUGCUGAUAUCUUCCAGUCACUAUAAUUGAUUUGUACAUUUUCAACUAACCGUAUCUUUCAGGGGUGAGUUCUAUUACAUUUACAGGAGAGUAUAUUUUGUUUUAGUCCAUAUCCACUGGGCGAAGCAAAUGAGUGGGCUUAGGCCCACUGCUUUCCCCCUUAUUUAUGUUCAUCUUUCGAAAAGAGACUCAAGCAGCCCUUACCGUGGGCAGUAAAUAUUCAGCCAUAAAUAUCUAUUCACAACGUUUGUUUUCAACUUAGAGAGCUCACUGGUUUUAGUUUACGCCAAGGUUUAGCUAGUAAGAGCAAGAUGGAAAGCAAGCAGCAACAUAUCUCUACAAGUGUAUUCAUGUUUGAUUGUUGUUUUGACAAUCGGGGUGGGUGGGAUUUUUAUUAUUUUAUUUUUCUUCCUUUUUUCUAUGUUUAUUGUUUCCUUCCUAAAGAGACACACAGGUCACUUCUGUGUUCAAACCAAAGUUGAAACAUUUCCUAAUUAUCUACAUAUGAUAGAUUUCCAUUCAGUUACAUAUUUGAAACCCAACCUAUGCUUAAUCCACUAAAAUAUGUAACAUUCAACGUAAAAGGUCUUAACAGCCAGAUUAAAAGGAAAAGAGUCUAUACAUACCUUAAUUAAAGGCUGACAUUGUGUUUUUACAAGAAACACAUCUUACAGUCAGUGAACACAAGAAAUUGAAGAGGGAAUGGGUAGGACAAGUUUUUACUUCCUCUUUUAACUCCAAAGCAAGAGGAACUGCAAUUUUGAUAAGUAGACACAUCCCCUUCUGCGUCAACAACACCAUCUCUGAUCCCUCUGGCAGGUUUGUUUUGGUGCAGGGGCAUAUGUUUUCAGAGUCUUGGACCCUAUUGAAUAUUUAUGCUCCUAACUUCGAUGACCAUAUGUUUA